GCGAAAAAACACUGUUCAGUAGCUUAGAUAUACGUCUGGUAACCGACCUGGAAAUCAAGGUCUGUCAUGCCUUUUCAAUUCAGAACGCUGGUGUUUGGAAUUCUAACUGUUCUUGUGGUAUUCUUCGUUGUGGCCGAUAUAUCUGAAGUCGAGGAGAAAAUUGCCAGUACUGGGCACUCUCAGGAGUUUCACCUGUAUAUCUUGAUAACUAAUCCCAACAGGAACAAAAUGCUGAAGAUUCACCCCAUUCCGGUGGCAGGCACCAAAGAAGCCUCUCUUUCCCCUUCUCUAUCUCCUUCAUUAUCAAAGAACAACAGUAGCAGUUCCUCAACUUCAGACUGGAUGUUCAACCGCACUCUGGCCAGUCUCAUCAGAAAGAAUAUUUUAAGGUUCCUAGAUGCUGAGAGGGACAUCUCCAUCCUAAAAAGCACCUACAAGCCCGGAGAUGUCAUCCAUUAUAUUUUCGACCGUCGGAGCACCACUAACAUCUCAGAGAACUUGUACCGCCUUCUUCCCACUGUGUCUCCCAUGAAGAACCAGCACUACAAACGGUGUGCAAUUGUUGGCAAUUCUGGCAUACUGCUAAACAGCAGCUGUGGUCCAGAGAUUGAUUCUCAUGACUUUAUCAUCAGGUGUAACCUCGCUCCAAUUGAGCACUAUGUAAAAGACGUGGGCGUUCGCACGGGCCUUGUGACCAUGAACCCGUCGGUAGUGGAGCGUGUCUUUCAGGACCUGAGCAGCGAGGAAUGGAGGCAGCAGUUCGUGCAGCGGCUGCGGGAGCUGGGCAGCAGCGUGCUCUGGAUCCCUGCCUUCAUGGCCAAGGGCGGAGAGGAGCGGGUGGAGCGAGCCAUCCGUCUGAUCCUUUCCCACACGGGCAAUGUGCAUGCUGCCUUCCCCUCCCUGCGCCUGCUCCAUGCUGUCAGAGGGUACUGGCUGACCAACAACAUCCAGAUCAAACGACCUACCACCGGGCUUCUUAUGUACACGAUGGCCACACGCUUCUGUGAUGAGAUCCACCUCUACGGCUUCUGGCCUUUCUCGCAUGGGCCCGAAGGCAAGCCAGUUAAAUACCACUACUACGACGCGCUAACAUACCAGUACACAUCAAGUAGCAGCCCCCAUACCAUGCCACUGGAGUUUAGGACACUGAGCACUCUCCACAGCCAGGGGGCGCUGCAGCUGCACACAGGGACCUGCGAGCCCCCAACCUGAUCAUUACAAGUUGGCCAUACAUAUCUGCUGUUAUAGUGGAAGACGGAGGUUAACAAAUACCGAAAGUGGUCUUUGGAAGAAAGACUUAGCAG